CUCCCUCAUUAUUUCUCAAUAGAAAAUAAUAAUUCUUCAUGGUAUCAAAGCCUCUCGUUGCUCUCCGUCUCUUGUCCGACCUAGCGCAGGCAAAACCCUAGCCGCGCCAUCACCGUCUCUCUCUCUCUCUCUCUCGGCCGAACAGCAGCCGUCGCCGUCUCUCCCUCCCCCAUCGGCAGUGCCCAGCGGCUGUCUCUCUCCGGCGAUCUCCCUUCCCACGGCGAGCAACCACCCCUCGGUCAUCAUGUCUGAGAAGCCUUCCGUCACCGAUUCAACGUCAUCUUCUCCAACUCCGCACUUGGCGUUCACGACGAUCUCGAACGUGAAGCUCCAUGUGCCGAUUCUCCUAUGCUUCUUCGAGCCCAACUACAAAAAGUGGAGCCGGCUCUUCCUCCUCCUCAUUCGAAGGUUCUCUCUGGGUGAUUUUCUCACUGGCAAGUCGUCUCCUUCCAACGCCGACGACUCGGAAUGGUUCCAGCUUGACGCCCUCAUACAAGGUUGGAUCCUCUCCACGGUUAAUGAUGAAAUUUGUGAUCUUGUUCUCUCUACAACCAACUCCGCAUCCGAGCUUUGGAAAGCCAUCUAUAACAUCUUCCACGACAACAAGCCGGCCCGGGCGAUGCAACUUGAACACCAAUUCCGCACCACCACAAAGGGUUCUCUCUCCAUUGCCGCUUAUUGUCAAAUCCUACGGAAUCUUGCGUAUUGGUUGGAUGAUGUAGAUGCCCCCGUCUCCGAACAACGACUUGUUCUUCAAGUCUUGCGUGGUCUCCCGGAUGAUCUUCGAGGACAAACGUCGUUCCUUCAAUACCAAACGCCGCCCCCGACCUUUCUCCAAACCCGCUCGGCCCUCCUCUUAAUUGAACAACAACGGGCUGAACUGGGUGUCGGUAGCAACACGGGGGACGGCGGCACGGCGUUAUAUGCCGGUAGUGGAGGCCCACGGCGACAGGGCAGCGCUGGUGGCGGGCGGUCAGAAUCCAGCGGCGGGGGAGGCUUCGGGCAGCAGCAGCAGUAUUUCCGGCAUCGUGGCGGUUCAUCUCGGGGUCGUGGUCGCGGCCGCAGCUCCGGAUCAAAUGCACGGAACACCAUCGGGCAGCCCUCCGGACAGUUCACCUACCCAAACUCUAACCCAGGCCUUCUAGGCCCGCGGCCAAACCCCUACCCGCACCCCCAACACCCACAAGCCUAUUUUUCUACCCCUCACCCACCCCACGGCCNNCCCACCCUCACCCAUCAACCAUCUCACCGGUGUCCCCACCCCAACUGCCCUAGCCCAUAAUUUCGACACCCUCAUCCUCCGUGAUCCCAAUUGGUAUAUGGACACCGGCGCCACUCACCACAUUGCCUCGGACCCAGGAUAUGCUGACGGGAACCGUG